AUGGCCGUCAGCCCAUCCCCAGCAGCAGAGCCGAGGCUCCAGCGCCAUUGCGGACCCCCAGUCCCAGCCGGACAGGCCACGCUGGGGGUGCCAGCGAGGGCGGUGGUCCCGUGCUGCGGAUCCCCCGCCCGUAGCCCCCCGCCCGCCGGGCAGAGCCGCCGGUGCUGCGGGAAGCCGCGGACUGUCAGCCCCAUCUCCCGGCCGGCGGGAGCAGCUGCGCGGGGCGGGCAGAACGGAGAGGGCGAGCAGCUCCCCCGCCGCACACCGCCCGCAUUUAGGCUGGUGACAGUGGCCGUGGCGGCAGGACAGGCACGGGACUUUGUUGGAAGGAUGACAAACGCGACUGGGAAAAACUGCUCAUGGCAGCGGUCCUGCCCGCACCCACCGCCCUUGUAUGCCCUGGGCUGCCCCCGCAAGGUUUCGGGGGACCAUGGAACAGGGCAGGGGGACUGCGAGGUGAGGGACCUGGGAAGCAGAGGUCACCCCGGCAGGAGGAGCAGCCCCGGCGCCAGAGACACCGGGCCGCUGCAGCCGCGCCUGCGGGCACGGAGCCGGGCUGAGCCCCACCCGUCGCCCCUGCUCCCGCCGCUCCAUCCCUGCGGUUUCAAGACACGAUGCUCUCCGCUCCUCUCCUCCUCUGCUUCCUUCCUCUCCCUUGGCCGGGCCAGCCCUCCCCCUGCCCGCCGCGACUCCUUAACCCUUUCGCCCACGCUCCCGGCCGUCAUCCAGCCCCACGGCCACGGCUUCCAGCCACCGCCCCCGGCCCUUUGUGCAGGAUCCCGGUGCUGCCCCCGGGGUCCGCGCUCCCCCCAGGCCCCGCCCCGGCGAACAUCCGCGGCCGGAGGCAACUCGCAACCAGCCCAUCCUGCCCACGGCUCCCGCGGGACCCGCGUGGGCUACAGCUCCCUCCACGAUGGGGUCUGGGGCUCCCUGCCUGCCGGCCGUGACGCCCUCAUCUCCCUCCGGGGGAGCGAGCAGGAGCCCCCGGUGCGGGGCCGCGCUCCCUUCGGCAUCACCGCGGUGCGGGAAGCGGCCAUGGCGGGAGCCGGGAUGCGCAUUCCCGCCGGCCGCGGGGGCACCGGGCCGUUCCCGUGGGGCACCAUGCGAUCCGUGCGCGGGCACCGGGGCCUGCAGAGGGAGCCCGCAGUGCCGGGCGGUUCCGCGGCUACCGGCCCGACCGGCCGUACAGCCCCGGCGCGCACUGGGAGCGGGGCUGGGCUGGGGGUGAGCCCGAUCGCGGGGCGGGGGGCUGAGGGUGAACCCCGCGGUGGGGUGGCCGCGGCCGCCCGAGCUCCCCGCUGCAGCCCGCAGACAAAGCCCUGCGGCGGCAGGGCCGGCCACGCUGCCCGCUGUGCCGCACAUCCGGGCGGGAGCGGGAGGCAGUGGCCACGAUGCCAUUUCCCUGUUCCUCUGCCGGAAGAGAAGGGCUGGAGAAGGCCCUUCCUGCGGGCGCUGGCCAUGGCACGGGCGGAGGUGAUACAGCAGAUGGGAAGACAGCGUUUCAGCGCCUGCGGGGCAGCGAGGCCCGGGCAGCGGGCGCUCCCUGCCUGGGUGUGCAGAGCGGCUGCUCCGGGGGCCAGCCCGGCGGGGGGAGCGCGGCGCCAGCACGGCCGGGGGCUCCCGCACGGCCGGGCCGGAGCGGGGGGGAGAAACAAAGGGCAGCGGCGGGCGGGGGGAGCGGGUCCGCACGGGCAGUGCCGCGACGAGCCCCGUGGCGGCACCCCGGGGGGCGGCAGCCCGGCCCUGCCCCCCGCGCGGCCCGGGCAGCACCGCCCCGGUGCCACAUCCCCGCGCUGCCCCGGCUGCCCCCCGCCCCGUGCCUGCCCAGCCGUGCCGGUGCGGCGGCGGCGCGGCGCGGCGCCCGGACCCGUGCGGCUGGCGGCGGAGACCCCGGCCCGCAUCGGAGGUAGCGACGGAGCCGCCGCCCGCCGCCGGCCGGUUGCGGGGGGCGGCGGUGGCGGCCCGUCCCGGCGGAACGGGCGGGCGCGGGGCCGGUGCGCGCCGCUCGGCGGCGGGAGGGCGGGCGGGAGCGCGGCUGUCCGGGAGCGGCGGAGCCCGGCGAGGACAGCCAGGCCGCGGGCACCCGGCGCCGCUCCCCGGCGGGCGAGGCUCGGCAAGGCUCGCACGGCUCUGCACGGCAGCCCCGCGGAGGGCGACGGCCCGGCCCGCCGGUGCGCGGGAGGGCGGCGGGGGAGCGCGGCGGGGGCGCCGGGCCGGCCCGCGGGGCGCGGCGGACAAUGGCAGGGGGUAACCCGAGCCCAGCGGGGGCGGGCGGCGACCCGCGCCACCCGCCCCGCUGACCGCCCGCGGGCACCGGGGCCGGGAGCGGUGCCGAGCGGUGCACGGGGGCCGCCACCGCUCGGGUGCCCCGGCGGGGCGCAGGGCCUGGCCGACUCCAUUUUGUUGGCGCCCGCUCCGCCGCCGUUCGCAGGCCCGCGGCCUGCCCGGCUGGGGGGGGGAAAAGAGCGGCGGGGGAGACACUGCGGGGCCGCCCCGUCCCAUCCCGCCCGGUGCCCCCUGCCGCCGCCUACGAUGGACGUGCGGGCGGCGGCCCCGAGGCCGCGGUGCCGGGUGGGGGGAUGCGGGGAGCGGGGCAGGCCGGGCCGGGCCGGGGCGCGCCGGGGGGGGGCAGCACUGAGCGCCCCCUCCCCACCUCCCCCUGUCGAGAUGGGGGGGGAGGGGGCCGUCGGGGGGGGGGUGCUCGUGCGGGGGGGUAGGAGGGGGGCCAGGCCCGCGCGGGCGCGCGCGCGCUGA